CCUCUUCUCGGUCCGCUGUGGACGUUCCCAUAGAGGAGCGGGAGGGGGGAGGUUAGGGGCGGCCGCGGCCCCAGAGACCCGCGUCACGUGGCCCUCCCUCGGGGUUUCUGGCAGAACCGGCUGCACGGCGGCUUAGGGCGAAAGUGAGGGGGAAUCCGGCUGCUGCUCGGGUGCCGGCGGCCGUUUCGGUGAGGCGCCGCCAAUCGCCAUGUCCCUGCGGAAGCCGGGCGAUGGCGGCGGCGGAAGCGCGAGGCGGGCGGGCUCCCCGGAGGAGGCUCGGGAGCUCCCGGAAUGCGCGCCGGGCGGGCGCCUGAUGCCGCUGCUGCCUUGGGACCGCUUCUCGGCCUGGCUGCACUGCGUGUGCGUGGUGGGCUUCGACCUGGAGCUCGGGCAGGCGGUGGAGGUAAUACAUCCUCAACAUGCAAAACUUACAGAUAAAGAGAAAACCAAUAUUUGCUAUUUGUCUUUCCCAGAUUCCAAUUCAGGUUGCCUUGGAGACACACAAUUUUGUUUUAGAUUUCGACAGUCUUCUAGCAGAAAGCUUUCAUGGCAUUGUCUACUGGACCAGUUUGACAGAGACCUACCCAUUUACUUGAAGAAGGAUCCUGCAUAUUAUUAUGGUUAUGUAUAUUUCAGACAAGUACAAGACAAAACCUUAAAAAGAGGCUACUUCCAGAAGUCCUUGGUUCUGAUCAGCAAGCUGCCUUAUAGCCACAUUUUUCACACCGUGCUUGGAAAAAUUGCACCUGAAUAUUUUGAAAAAAACGAACCUUUCUUGGAAGCAGCUUGUAGCGAUAUUGAUCGAUGGCCACCACCAGUCCCAGGAAAAACCUUACAUUUGCCUAUUAUGGGCAUUGUAAUGAAGGUGCGGAUUCCUACUUGCCACGACAAUCCUGGAACAACCCAAGUAUUACAGUCCACACAGCAGGCAGACACACAGGUCUCCAUUGCGUUGCCUACUGUCCAUGAAGUUGAUCUCUUCAGAUGUUUCUUGCCAGUGUUCUUUCACAUCCAGAUGCUAUGGGAGCUCGUGUUGUUAGGGGAACCGCUUGUUGUCAUGGCACCAUCACCAUCGGAGUCUUCAGAAACCGUUUUGGCACUUGUAAGCUGUAUCUCACCUCUGAAGUACUAUAGUGAUUUUAGGCCUUAUUUUACAAUACAUGACAGUGAAUUCAAAGAAUAUACCACUCGUACUCAGACCCCGCCUUCUGUCAUAUUGGGAGUGACGAAUCCAUUUUUUGCUAAAACACUGCAACACUGGCCACACAUCAUCCGAAUAGGAGAUAUUAAACUGUCAGGUGAAGUACCAAAGCAGGUGAAAGUGAAAAAGCUAAAGAACUUAAAGACUUUGGAUUCUAAGCCUGGUGUUUAUACGUCUUAUAAGUCAUACUUGAACAGAGAUGAAGAAAUCAUCAAGCAAUUACAAAAGGGAGUACAGCAGAAGCGUCCCGGAGAAGCUCAGAGCAUAAUCCUUCGUCGUUAUUUUUUGGAACUGACCCAGAGCUUCAUUAUUCCUCUAGAACGAUACGUAGCAAGCCUGAUGCCUCUGCAAAAGAGCAUAUCACCUUGGAAGAGCCCGCCACAGUUGAAGCCAUUCAACCAAGAGGAAUUUAUGAAAACUCUUGAGAAAGCAGGGCCUCAGCUCACCUCUAGAUUAAAAGGAGACUGGAUAGGACUCUACAGGCAUUUUUUGAAAUCUUACAACUUUGACGGUUGGUUCAGGACUCGGCGGAAAGAAAUGACACAGAAGCUGGAGGCAUUGCACUUAGAAGCGCUAUGUAAUGAGGAUUUGCUUUUCUGGAGUCAGAAGCAUACUGAAGUGGAAACAGUGGAUUUAGUUUUGAAAUUAAAGGAUAAAGUGGCUGAUGGAGAAAACUUACCUGUGAAACCAGGCACUGUGGAAAAGUUACAGAUGCACAUUGAUUCAAUUAUUCUUGCGCUGCCAGAAGAUUUACAGGGUAUACUCAUCAAAACGGGCUCAACGUGACUAACUGGACUUUUCUGCAGCCAUACGUACCACAUCGCACAUUUGAAAGGUGUAAAGGCACUUGCAAAGAACAGUGGACAUGCAAAGGAUAUGGUACUGGAAACAGACCGUGUUAAUACUUAAAACAUUAUUUUAAGCAGCCCCUUAGGUUCAACUUGAAUAUGGAAGGAACUGAUUUUUUGAUUUUUUUUUUGCAUACGUUUAAAAUUAAGUGCUCUUACUGAACAUCUGCAUGCAUCUUAAACUUCCACAAUGCAGUGCAGACACUGCAGAGCUUCUUAAAUGGGUGCUGAUCUGCCCAAUUGUAUUAAACUCAGGGGAAGCAAUAUUCCUGUUGGUUUCAAUGACUAUCACACUUAAUGGAAUAGCUAGUAGCUGUCCAGUGAGUACUUCGUCUUGAUAUUUUACUUCCUCUUAAGAUCUCAAAUGCUAGUCUACUAAAUAUUAUAAUUCAGUUCAGUUAUUAUAGAGCUGAUGGCCAAACGUGAAUUCAUUUAUUCAAUUUAUAUCCUGCCUUUCCUUCAAUGAGCUCAAGGCACGGUAUAUGAUUCCCCACCCUUUUACCCUCACAGCAACCUUUUGAAGUAGACUGCGCUGAAAGAUAGUGACUGGUUGAGGGUCAGUGAGAGUCAUUGCUGAGUGAACAUUUGACCCCAGAUCUUUCCAGUCCUAGUCCAUUACUAACCACUAGUACACCACCUUGGCUCUUACACUGGUUUAACAAUUGGGAUCAUCCCUGUAGUUUUGAACACUCCUCCAUUUUCCUUCUGUUAGGUCCAUAUAUCUUUGCCCCACAUUCCUAAUUUCAAUAAUUGGAGCCUGCUCUAGUAUUUCAACUGGGAAAACUCGGGUUACUGCUUAUCAUAGUUUGCAGGGUGUAUUGAUUUUAAAUCAAGGCAGUACAAAUCCCAAUUUAAAUCAGCAAGAAAAAAAGGCUGAUUUAAAUCAUUCUCAUGGAUAAAUCAUCUUAUUUCCUAAAUAAUGCAAAUCUCACCACUGGGGCCCUACUAAUUUAUAACUAAAUUAGUAUUUAUACUGUUUCAUUCUUGUAACCAGGCCUUUCAUCUUUUGCCUCACUACAUAUAUUUUGUGUGCUUUCCUUCUUCAACCUUUUAAAAUAUUUGCAUGUAGAUUCUUUCUUGCACUUGGCACCCAUGACAGUUUGUGAGGUUAUGUUUGGGAGUAUAGGAAGCUGAACACUGGACAAUUGUCUUCUCUCCAGUGUUGCUCCUUUCUGUUUCGCUAUGCUUUUGCCAAGCCCUAGCCUCACAGAAUCAAACAAAAGUAGCAAUCAAAACUGAAAUGCCCAUGACUGAUACAAUAGAAGUAACUUGGCAAAGUGUAGGUGGAAUGUAAAUAUUAAUAUCUGAUAAAUUAUCCAAUUAGUUCUUCAUACAUAGAAAAGCCUCCUUUAAUUCAAUGGAUCUGGUACUGUAUAGGAAUAUACAGUAUUCAGUUUACAGUGUAACUUUUAGAGCCAACAUGCUUAUAUUGAGGUUAUUUAAUAUUAACCUAUUUGGUAUUUUAGACUUCGUAUUUACAUUUUUAAAACUAAAUUUCACAUUUGAAAAAAAAACAGGUGGGGAAUUGAGCUUUUUUUUAAAAAAAAACCUGAAACUAAACAUUGCUUUUUUAAUCCACUUUGACUGUGUCCCCACCCAGGACUGAAACCCAAUUCAUUCUUAGUUUUGAGGCAGUGUGAUUAGAGGUAACCAUAGUCUAUGCAGUUCAGAUAUUACAGCAGCUCAAGCUUAUUUUAAACUAUGGAAAGGAAUAUGGAAGCCCAGGGAAGAGGCGCACACAGACUUGUGAUUUUCCUCCCUCUCACAUCAGCUUUGAGACAUCUGAAUCAAAUGACUUGAGAUUACAGUGUGUAAUAGUGAAUUUACUACCUAUCAGGUCACAGAUAUGUUUCUAGAAUAUAAAACUAGUGGUGCCCCCCCCUUAAAAAAAGAAAACAAAAUUAAGUGGGUGCUUCUUGUCUAAAGUCUUAAGCUUGCUAUCAUAAGUCUAAAUUUUAAAUUGUGGCACAAAGAUUAAAAUGGCAAAGGUUGAUUAACAGAAACUUUGCAUAAUUGCCAUUCCAGAAAAUACACAUUGAAUGUGUUGUGGAGUUUGUUGCACAUAGACCAGGCUGCUGAACUAAAUGCCUCUUAUUUCCUCAUGCCCAAGCAUGAAUGGGGAGACGAGAGUGCCUUGAGGACAGCCACAGCCUUCUUUGUAUGGUGGUGGUUAGAGAGAGCUACCUCACCUCCCCGGCCCCAAGUUAGGGCUUUAUCUUUUCCAGCACCAUUAUGCAUACAUGGGGCUGAUCAUGUGCAAAAGCAGGUUUGUGUGUGUGGAUUCCCCUUGGUGGGUUGGGGUGACGAUCAUUUACACCAAAGUAUGUCAGUUAAAUAGCAACAGGAAUACUAACUUGUAUCAAAUCAAUGUCCGUCCCAAUUUUGUUAAAUGCAUUAGGUGCUUUGCUAUCAUGUCAUAAUACUUAAUUUUAACUGCCUUCAAAGAAUGUGGUUAUGUAAGAAGAGGCUGAUUUUAAUCUCCUGUUUCUCUAGGGAAGCCUUUUGUGAUUCCCUGCUAUAACAAUAACCUUCAAGUAUUCUGCUCACAGGUAAAAGCAACAGACAAGUGUGGACAAGUAUGCUAAGUUCAACCUCCAUGAGCUGGAGAACAAACUUCUGAAGUUGGGAGCCCUUCUGGGUUUGUGGAUGCUUCCUGUGUGAUUUUAAAUCGGGGGUUCAAAAUCUUGAGAGCUUUCACAAGUACAGGAGGCUCCCAGCUUCUGGGUAGUACACAUUUAGUGCAUUUCUCUCCACUCCACUUACUUUUACAGAGAAAUAGAAUACCUGAAGAGGGUUAAUGUAUAUACUAUAAAUAUAUGCAUAAUGAGCCAUUUCUCAUUGUAAUAAAUUAUUCUUGCUAGAUGCAUAACUUUUUUUAGAACACAAGAACAUAGGAGUUCGAUAACUCUUAUGAAAUAGGACUUGGAGGAACCUUCCAAGAAUGUUAUACCAAUUCUAACAUGUACCAGUAUAUUGUGGUAUGUUACCAUUAGGAGCAGAAAUGCAACAGCUGGGUCAAGAUUUAAUGAUGAUCAAUACUCCACCACAUUUUAUUCAUUUAUUUCAGGCCCGUUGUAGGAAAAAAAACUGCCUUUGUAUGACAUUUUGUACCAUUGUUUAGAGUCUUUAAUUUUAGCUAUACACUACCCUCUGUAUUUUUAAGGAGAUGUAUUUUUAAUAUUCACUUACAUGAAUUCCAAAUCAGAAGUUGAGAAUAACAUGUAUAAAAGAGGACUUCGACAAUUAUGCCACUAUUGCAUUAAUAUUUAACUCACUGUUUUGCACAACUAAGUAGCAUUUUUAAAAUAUGGCCAUUAAAUCUUCAUUAACUGAAGCAUUGCAUAGUAUAUUGGAACUAGCUACAUUAGCUUAUUUUCUAAAUGUAUUUUUUUAAGGCCAAUAAAUUUCACUUUUACAGAAA